GUAUGUCGGAUGCAUUGGUCGCCAAUCGAGAAGAAAGACCCUCUCCAGCAAGCGCCCAGCUGCUCCCAGGCGACAAAAAAGCGACCUCUUCACCAUCUCUCAUCCCAUUCCACCUUUUCUUCUCGCUUGCUCUUCUGCCGGCUCUUCUUCCUUCCUCUUCUUUUCGUCUUCUCUUUUUGCCCCUCAAAGCCAUCGGCGUCUGCCAGCGCAUGCCCACGCGUUCUACUGCACACACACGCCGACCGCGUGCGUGGUUUGUUGUUGUUUUGUCGAGUGGAUAAAUCUUGCACGAAUAAACCUCCAUCAACACUGAAAUCACCUCCAAUCAACAGUUUUUUGCCAGCUUCAACUUUCCUAUGGUUCUGUUCUUGUUGCCUUCUCCAUCACAGGUAUAACCACCCAGCACCCUGAAGGUCCCACCGCACCCUCUUAGAAUGUCCAUCGAUCUCUCAAACACUCAGCCCUUAUCUUCCUUUGCUAAAGUUAAACCUGAAGCAAACGACGACCCAAAUGUCGCCAACAUGCCGAAGGAGUUUUCCCUCAAGUUGAAUAAUUUGCCCGCAAAAUCACCAACUGCUAAUGAUGAUUCCUCAAAUCGCACCUUGGUUGACGAGUUUGAAACCGAGCUAGAAUCAAGCGAAAAUGAUGACGCUACCAUCAACGAAUACGAUAGUGCCCACUAUUCCUAUGAUUAUGAGCCAGAUUUGAAAAAAUUCAAUAAUAACGAUAAAAACAUCACUAACACCGGCACAAAUGCCAAUGAACACAACAAAGAAAAAACAAAGACUUUCGCGCCCGUUUUCCUAUCUUCUAAAAAGUUGUUGAUAUUAAAGCAGAGACUUAAAACUCAACCCGAAAAUGAACCUAAAGUCAAAACCUUUAAAAUAGAAAAGCAUUUGCAAAAAUUUUCCACUCCCAAAAUAACGAAUACCAAUGAUAUUCCCUCCCAUUUGAGCUCACUGAACCCAAAUACACAUCAAAAAAACACUAAAUGUUCUAAUACUGACUCAAAUCCUCCCAAGAAACCACCCAAAUUUAAAAAUUCAAUCAACAGUAUUUUAAACCCACUUGACUCAUCAAAAAACCUGGAAACGUCUUUUAAUCAACGUGCCAACAACCCAGAUAAUAGUGAUUACGAUACUAUCUCAGAUAACGAAACUGAUUCAGACUUGGAUCUUAUAAAUGAUUCUCCCAGUAUACUCAUCCAAACCCCAUUAUCCAAACCACCUCCAACUUUUUUUAACACUUCUUCUGCCACAAUCAGAACUCCAAUCCUGAUAGAUAACACUAAAAUCAAUCCCAAUAAUAAUUUUCAUUACAACUCUUCUCCCAUAUCUUAUAAAUUUAUUAACAGCCAGCAUAUUUCAAACCGCUCUCCUACAAAAAGACGCAAGAAAGACAUACCUAAUCCUUCCAAAUCAACUAAAAAUAACCAAAAGUUCAAGAAAAACAUAUCUACAACUGAUCCAUUUAUUGAGUAUGGCGACCAAAUCAACGGUUAUAGAUUUUUAGGAAAGUUAUCUGACCCAAUCAUUAAAUCCCACAAAAAUCCUCAAAAAGACCACCAUCUGAAGAAAGAUUAUUCUUCUUCAAACUUUUAUAAAUGGUCUUAUUACGAUUUCAGCUUGCAUUUUAAUUUUAAUCAAUCAAAAUUCAGAGAAAGCGACCCCAUUCAACAAAAAUACUCUACCCACCCUUCGAAUCCAAAUGAUCCCACUCAAAAAAAUUUUACCACCACUUGCAAUCCAAAAUUUUUUGACAAUAUCUUGUUUAAAAGAAAUGAUUUUUGCUAUAAUUAUGAAAAAUAUUGCAACAACUGGGAUAACAUAAUUAUUAUAAAAAAAGUUUCUUGGCCAAUUUUUAUUGAUUCUUUCUCAUCCACUCAAUACCAUGAUCCUCACCUUGCUAUUGAUUUAUUGAACUAUGAUUCAGUAAAAUUAUUUCUCAAAAACGGUGUUGACUUGAUUUUAAAAGAUUUGGACUCAAAUGAUUCCAAUCACAGUAACUACUCAUACUCAAAGAUUUUUAAAGAAAUAGUAAAGAAAGAAAGAAUUAGAUGGCAUCCCGAUAAAAUGCUAAGAAUAUUAAGAAAGAACAUUAACGAAAAACUAACUGAUAAUGCUCAAAAAGACAACGAAAUUAUUGAUGAAAGUAUGAAUGACAAAAACCUAUCAACCGAGUCAACUCUUUCUCAUGCCAAUAAUCAUUCAAAAACUGAUAACUUUGGAACUCAGGAUCAAACUUCCAACUUGAAACAAAUCCUUUUAUCUCGAAUUACAAAAGUUUUUCAAAUAAUUAACGACAUUUAUGAAAAGGAAUGUAUUUAAAUCCAUUUCAUACACUUGAGUUUUACUAACCCUAUUUCAUUUCUCAAAUUUCAAAUUUUUUAAUUGUUUUAAAGUUUACCUUAAAUUCAUUUCUCUUCACUUCUUCUAAUUUAUUAUUUCAACUAAAAAGAAAAUACUUAUAGAUCAUUUUGUUUUAAAUAUUG